AUGGCAACAGCCCAGAUCCCCCAGCUGUGGGCCACCGCCCUCGCGCGCUACGAGAAAAUCACCCACAGCCCGCUGGACCCCCACGCCUGGCGGGACCUGACCACUGUCGACGGGCUGUGGGGCGCCAUCGAGGCCGAAAAUCAAUCCUUCCAGGAGUUCCGCCGCCAGCGCGCCGGCCUGUGCGCGGCCCUGAGCCAGGCGCUGCGGCCCAUCGAGCUGGUCGGCGAUCUGGCGGCCAGCGCCGCGGGAAUGUUCUUCGCGCCCAGCUCGUUGGUGUUUGGGGCCGUGCGGUACCUGAUCGACGCCGCGAGGGGAGUAUCGGCGAAAUAUGAUGCCAUUGUGGAGUUGAUGGUGACCUUGCAGGACUUCACCACCCGUUUAGCAGUCUACGCACAGCAACAGAUCUCCCCACCGCUGCAGGAGAAAAUCACCACUAUCCUGACCACACUCUUGGAAGUGUUCGCGAUCUCGCGCCAGCAAAUCCGCCUCGGACGACUGCGGAGUUUCGGGAAGAACGUGCUGCUCGGCAACGACGACGGGAAAGCGGCGAUCGCCAAGCUGGCGCAGCUGGUCGACGGCGAACGGAACCUGGUGGGCGCGGAGACACUCACCGAGGUCAAGGGGGCGAAGGUGGUCAUCGACCGCGUCGACGUCCACGUCCUCGAGCUCGCGCGGCGCAUCGACGACCUCAACCGUCUGCAGGAGCACGCGGCCGCCGAAAAGGAGGCCGACUCCGUCCCCGAAAGGAACCACCGCGACAAGGACAAGGUCAAGAGCGUGCUGCAGCCCGCCACCAGCGCCGACGACCGGUACAGCAUGAUCGCGCGGGCGCGGGUCCCGCAGACGGGCGACUGGGUGCGCGAGGAGCCCGAGUUCCGCGAGUGGCUGCGCCGCGACAAGCCCCUCCUGUGGGUGACGGGGACGCCCGGCGCGGGCAAGUCGUACCUGGCGGCCAGCGUCAUCGCCUAUUUGCGGGAAUUGUAUCCGCAGAACGUCCAGCAUCCCUCGCAUGUCUCCGUUGCGUAUUACUUCUUCAAGGACGACAACGUGAAGACGCGCUCGUGCCACCAAGCUCUGCGUGACGUCGCCUUCAAGAUCGCGCAGAAUGACCCCGCCUAUGCGAAUUUCGUCGGGGGUCGGGUGGACUCGCCGGAGGAUAUCGGAAGUCUGUCGAGUCUGUGGCAGCAGCUGUUCGUGGAGUACUUUAUCGCGCACGAGACCGGAGACAGCCAGGCGUACAUCGUGCUGGACGCGCUGGACGAGGCGUUCGCGGAGGAGCGACAGGAGCUGUUUCAGCUGGCGGGCGAUAUUCAGCCGGGGGGACGGCUGCAGCUGCUUCUACUGGGGAGGCCGCAUAUAGCCCAGGAGAUGGACGAGCUGACGGAGCAGCUGGCCGUGCCGACGAUCUACAUCUCAGACGUGAACAACUCGGAUGACAUCGUCCGGUACAUCCAGAGCAGCAUCGCCAAGUCGGUGUACCUGCGACGCGCCUCCAAGGCGCUUCAGGCUGAGAUCGUGCGGCGGGUUUCCAGCGGCGCCCAGGGCAUGUUCCUCUGGGUCGACUUCAUGCUCAAAGAGCUACUGAAAAAGCGCGACGAGGCACGAAUGCGAAAAGCACUGGAAGAGGCACCGCGCGGCCUGUCCGAGAUGAUCCGGCACGUCCUGAAGAGCUACUCCGAGAGCCUACGGGAUGCACCACAGUACGCCGAAGAUCUGAAUGAGAUGCUGGCCUGGAUCGUGUGCGCCCACUGGCCGCUGAAGCUGCAGCAGCUGGAAAGCAUCAUUCAGUGGCGGUCGCCAGAGGGCGAGGGGUGGAUCUGGCUGGAGGGGUAUCUCCGGCGGGAGUACGCCUCCCUGUUCUCGCUGAUCCGGGAGGAUGGACUGAGCACGGCGGAUUUGCAACGGGCGAACAUCGGACGAGCCGAUUGGGAGGUCGACACCCUGGUGGAUGACGGCUUCGACGACACAGACAACCCGUCGGACUUUGACUCGGACCCGGCGACUACGGAGGUGACCUUGAACCACGCCUCGCUGGGAGACUUCUUCCGCAACGAGGCCGAGGGGCCUGUUUCGGCGGACGACGGGCCCCUCGUGGGGAUCGACUACCACGCGGCGAAGGUGCUGGUGUUCAAACGGUACUUCGAGAUCAUCGCCUGCGAAGAGGGCUCCCCCAAGCAAGAGAUCGCGCAGGUGCUCCGCGUGUACGCUGCCGGGUCGAUCGUGUCAGCCUUGCAGGACAUCGAGAUCGACAAAUGCAGCGCAGAAGAUAAGGGCAUUAUCGGUCUGAGCAUCGCGCGCCUGCUGUCCGUCCCUCCCAUCCUCGAAGCAUACGUCAAACACAGAAGCGACGUGUCGUACCCAGGCGAGCACCUCAAACUCUUCAUGAGGUGGCUCAGAGAUCCAGACGUGCAGGCCUCGCUGCCCCCGACCGAGAAAGCUUGGUUCGAGGAAUCCACCGCCUCAGGCGACGUGGGGAUCUACCUGCUGACGGCGAAGUUCAUCGCCGAGCAAUGGCUGCAGACUGGGUUCUGGCUGGCCGGGCCCUGCUGCCGCUACAUCAUGGAAUACAUCAAACUCAGCCAGGACGCACCCCCCUUCCCGGACAGCCCCGUCGAGGCCGUGCUCUCCGCGGCGGAGUGGUGCGGAUUCGCGCCGGACCAACUCUGGCACCGCCGACUGGCAACCGCACUGCGUGAUCUCGGGUUCCUCGACGAAUGCAUCCCCCGCUUCCAGCGCGCCGUGGACCUGGACCCAUCCCCGAACCCACAGACCCUCCUCGCGCGAGCCGGGAUGGCGAAAGCGUACCUCAAAAUGGGGCAGUUCGCGCAAGCCAUCGAGCAGGACCGCCUGUGCGUGGCGGAGCUGAACCCGCACCGCCAACCCGACCAACCCGAUCUACAAGCGCACGCGUCGUACGAGCGGCUCGGCCAGAGCUACACCGCGCUCGGCGAGGUCGAGUCCGCGGUGGCCAUGUACAGGGCUGGUCUGGCGACGGCCGGAUUCUGCAAUACGUGUCUCUGCGCGAUGCUGGAGCAGCUCCACGCGCAGAGCCGCCACGAGGAGAUCAUCGCCCUGCUCAAGAGCCUCGACCGGCCCGCCCUCGGCCAAAAGCCUGCCUCCUCCUCCUCCACCACCACCACCCCCUCAAUCCUCACGCAAAGCAUCCUGACAAACCCAGACUGGUACGACGACUUCAUCGACCGCGUCACCGCCGCCGCCGCCAGCACCAAACAAAUCCCCUUCCUCAUCGACGCGUACGCCACAGCCGUCGCGACGGCGCACAAGCAACGCAAGGCCGUCGCAAAAGCGAGCCUGGAAUUCUGCCUGGGGAUGCUGUGGCAGACGCACGGGCGCGACGGGGACCGCGCGGCCGCCCUCUGGGAACGACUGAUCGCCACGUACCGCGGCAGUCGGGCGGAGGGCGAGAUGGUCUCGGUGCUGGAGAUGGCGGCGGGGGCGCUGGCGACGCACUACCUGAUCAAGGCGAUGGAGGUGGGAAUCGACUCGGAGCAGGGCCGGCGGUACGGGGUGUUGCUGGAGCUGUUGGCGCGGGGAAAGGCGGUUGCGUCGCAUGGGGAGGGCUGGGAUGCGUGGCGUGCGGAUGCUCGGGACGUUGUGGAUGCGCAGCGCCCGAACAAGGUCUUCGUGACCACGUCGCCCGUGGGACUGAUCCUGGGGAGUUAUUAUCGGCUGUCGGGGCGGGAGGCGGACGCGAUGGCGUGCUAUAAGGCGCAGGUGCAGGCGGCGCUGCGGCUGGUGGAGGAUGAGAGGGCUGGCAUGGCGAUGGUGGGGUAUACGCGGCUGAGUAGUGUUUUUGCGGCGCUCGGGGAGGACGAGGAGGCGCUGGCGAUGUGGUAUCAGGAUCGUUUGAUGUAUGAGCUGAUGGGGGGGGAUGAUGAUGAGGACGAAGGUGAUGGUGAAGCUGAAGCUGGAUCUGAUGCUGCUGACGACCCCGAGGACUCGAAAAGUCCCACCUUCUUCACGUGCGACGGCUGCAGCACCUCCGUGGAGAUCGACGGCAACUAUAUCUGCCGGUACUGCCACGAUGUGCUGUUCUGCCCGGGGUGUAUGCAACGACUCGAGGCAGGGACGCUGGGAGUGAGGGUGUGCAGUGCGCAGCAUGCGUGGGCGUUUGUGGCGCGGCGGCCAGAGGCGGUGCGGCGACGGGGGGAGGAGCAGCGCGGGAUGCUGUGGUUGCGGGGGGAGUGGGUGGAGGGGGAGGUGUGGAAGGCGGAGUUGCGGCGGCGGUGGGGGCUGUAG